AACAAUGUCUAGUAAAACUAAUCAAAGAAAAUACAUCAACUUAGUUGGCUUCGAAUCGAAAAAUUUAAAUAAUUUAAAAUUACCGAUGAAUCGUGACGUUUUAUGUUUGUUUUUCUACAAACAUAGAACAGAAAAACGAAUUAUCCGCGAAAGUGCUAAACUUGUUCUUUUUGAGGUUAGUAAGGUGUGGAAUAAGUUUUCAUUGCCUGCAAACAACUCACAUAAUACAAUCGUAAAAAUUGAAAAAUUGUACAAAGAUUGGCAAAUAACUCAAGUGAAUAAAGCUCGAAAAAGAUCUCCAGCUCAACUAUUAGUUGAAUAAAAAUUUCAGAGAUUCUCUUGAUCGGUUAUUUGAUAUUGCACCGCAGAAUGCUUUACAGAUUCUGAAUUCUCCUCAAAAAAGAAUUCUGAUUGAUAGUCGGCACAUCUGUAAAACUAGCCAGUUGUUAAAAAACGCUACCGAUGUUCAAGAAGUGCUAAGUACAGCAACUAUUUGCCUAGAUAAUAACUUGAAUGUUGUUCAAGUGGAAAGUACAGAAACAAACUCAGACAUUAACGAGAUUGAUCUAGCAGACUCUAUGUUGCCUCUUUCACAACAUUCUACUGCUUCUACUGCAUCAACUCAAUCAAAUAGUUCUACUACUUCUGACUUUUCUAAUGAACUACCUCUAGAACCAAAACUAAAAAAAAUCAAAUUAAUGACACCGGAAGUUGUUUCAGCAAUGGAUAGAGCUAACGUUACCAGUAGACAAGCGACACAUCUUAUUUUCGCUAUUGCAUCGGCUUUGGGACAUAAUUUAAAUGAUGUCUCUAUAAGUCACCGUACGGUUCAUCGAAAUCGGAUAGAAUUAAGAAAGGAAAUUGCCAAAGAUUUGAAAACUGACUUGAGAAUUGCUCAAUGCGUUGUUAUCCAUUGGGAUGGGAAGUUACUGCCUGAUAUAACUGGCCGGGACAAAGUUGAAAGACUUCCAAUAAUCUUAUCAGGUGUUAAUACUCAGCAAUUAUUAGGAGUACCUAAGCUUGAUCGUGGGACUGGGUUAAAUCAAGCUAUCGCUAUCAAGGAAAUUAUAAAUGAAUGGAACAUCUUGGAUCGUAUUAAAAGCAAUGUGUUUUGA